AUGGACACCUUCACUGUUUGUCGGACGAAAGAAUAUCCGCUCAGCAUUGCAUACCCCAUGGAAUCAGCACUUAUGCUGAACUCGUAUAGUGACAGAUUCAAGAGGCUUCAACCAAAGCUUUUUGGUGCCGAACACCGAGCUUGCGUUGAUAUUUGGCAGUGCCGGGAGAAUGGCCACUUUCAGCAUAAACUUAUCAGAGACUUGUGCGAACUUGAGUUACACCUUGAAACCCAAGGGCCUAGAGGUCAACUUCAUCCCCAGUGUCGGUUUGUGUUUGUCCAGGCACACAACGGAUCCUCUACAGAGCGGCUCAAUGUCACAAAGGACAUAAUGAGCGAGAUACUAAGCUAUCAUCAAGUCAUGCCGUCAUUCAUUGACUUGAUGGCUUCGUUCGGUCGUGGGGCCCCGUAUGACUACCAGUAUUGCGGUUUCAGAAGCGACGUACGCCUGUCGUCCAGGAACAAUGCUCUGGCUGUCCCCGAAAUAGAUAGGUCAGGCCGGGUCUUGGAACUAUGCUAUAGUUUACGCGCUGUCGAACCCAGCACAUCGAUUCCGAACUGGCCAUGGUCGAUCAAGCAGCUAGCAGUCUCUCAUUCAAUCGACAUUCAGACUGGUCAAUCCACCUGGCUAGUAUUCAAAGCGGAUGGCUCGAUCAAAGAACGCAUUAUGUCAGCCACACGGUCAGCAUCUCUUCCGCAAGUCAACUCAUUCCAGAACAUCAAUGAAUCCUUGGCCUCGUCAUUUGGCAUCCAUCUCAUUCUGUGUCAGUGGGCAGCUGAGCAUUGGAGAUGGUAUGUCAACUUUCUGGAGCAGAAGGUGCAAGAGAUCACGCGCGUCAAGGUCUUCGGUGCGGUAGAGCCUCCUCGAUCUCCUCGAUCUGCACGCCAGGCCCUGGCAAAGAUUAAUCCUUCCACAAGAUCAGGCACGUUUUCAUUUUCAAAGACCCUUAGUCGCAUCAGCACUUGGGGCUCAGUCCGCCAUUCCUCACAACCAUCCAGUGAGAGCGCCCCAGAUCUCGAUAGACAGCGUUCACCACCUGUACAAUCGCGAGAUAGUGCAACGCAGUUACUGACGAAAGAGGAGGCAAUAGAAGAAGAGGACGAGGAGGAGGAUGCCGGGUUCUCGCUAGAUGAUCUUCAAGAAAUUCAGCAUAUUGAAGAGCAGAUUCAACAGGCCAUGCUCGUUCAGAACACAACGGUGAAGGUUUUAGAGCAGCUCCGCAACUUCUAUCAAGGCCUCCAACAACAUCCCGAGUGGCAGAUGACAUUGUCACGAACGGCUAGAGGCAGUCUCGUUCAAUUCUGCAACAGUGUUGAGAAUAUUCAGUUUGAUCUCAAUUCGCAAUAUACCCGAGCGGAAACACUAGUUAUGCUUUUGGCAAACCGAAAGAGUCUGCUUAGUCAGAUCUUGGAAUGGCGAAGUACAGAAGCCAUCAAGUUGAUCUCCAAGCAAAGCCAUGCUUCCACGGAGCACAUGGAAUCCAUGACUGUCGAGAUGCGUGAACUUGCAGACAAGACAAAGCAAGAGACUGUUUCUAUGAGAAUCAUCACGCUGGUCACACUGUUCUUUCUACCAGGGACUUUCAUUUCUACCCUCAUGAGCACCGAUAUUAUUCAAUACGAUCAUUCAAAGAAGAUUUUCUCGAAAGAGGCGUUGAAAUUGUUUCUAGCGGUUUCUUUACCUAUGAUGAUGUUCACAUUCUUGGCCUGGUAUGCAGUCUAUUUGUGUGUUACCCACAGGGAGAAGGUUUCCAAGUUCAAGCAGCAAUUGCGCUUGAAGUCAGAAGGAGAAGUUUGA